UACAGUUUCUCUGCAACAGACAGGCUCUCCUCUCUUACCGGUCAACCGCGAUCGCAACAGGGAAAGCACGAUGGCGCCCGGCCCGUUUACCGGUCUUGACGACCAAGACGCUGGUAUGGUGGUAUCAGAGUAAGUUCAUCGCAGUUUCUCUCGAUCGCACCAACUUAUCAUGUUUUGCGAAAGAAUUUCUGACAUGUCACGCAGCCUUCAAGUCGGUGGUGGCAUUCACCUCCACCAUGAGGGCGAUGAGCAUGAUAAGGACCAGCCAGGCAACGAGCUCGGCGAUGUUGAUCUAGGCGCUGGGCCCGCCAACGAUAAGGACAAGGGCAAGGGUAAUAAGCAUGGAGGUCGCGCUCGUAAGAUGACGCGUUUUUCUGAUGAGGUUCAAGUCAUCAAUGAGCCUGCUGACCUUGGCGCCGACACGUCUGGUGUCUCCAAGUUGCGUGACAAGCCCAGAAGUGUUGUACAACUGGGCGAGUAUGGCGCUGAUGGUGAGAAUGGCGAUGAGGUCAACAUGCCCGAGGUCUCCAAGGCUGCUUCCAAGAAGCGAAUUCAUGCUGCCAAGACUGAUUUGAACGACGAAGACAAGAACGUUCAGGUGAAGAAGCGUGGUCGCCCUUCCAAGAUCGCCAAGGUCGCGAAAGAGGACAGUGACAAUGAAGAUGAGGACAUUCCGGCCAAGAAGCGGGCACAUUCCUCCAAGGUCGCUGAGUAUGACACGGCCAAGGAGCCGCCUCAGACUAAGCGUGGCCUUCCUGGCAGGGUCGCUCGAAACGACGCUGACGACGCGAACUCGCCCGCCCGUCGCGGUCGUGGUCGCCCCUCAAAGUCUGACAAGCCCGCCACUCCCAAGUCAAGUCUCCAGAAGGAUGGCGAUGUCACCAAUAGCUCUCUCUCGAAGCGCAAGGACACUGCCAAUGUCAAUGCCAAUGCCAAAGCCGUCAUCCUGAGAGGACGACCAAGUCGAGCUGCUGCUGAGUUCGCAAUGGCGAACAUGUCUGAGCAAAAGGCAAGUAAAUCUUCUCGUUAUCUGCAAGCCAGUCUAACCACAAGUAGAAGCCCAAGUAUCAUGCCGAUUCUCCUACCCCCAGGGCUUCUGAUGCGCCCAAGCGCGGGCGCAAGAAGGGCACGAUGGCUUCGCCUAAGGAGUACGUCGUCGAGAAGAUCUAUGGAAUGAAGAAGGAUAGGAAUUCAGGUGACGAUCUCUACCAUGUCAAGUGGAAGAACUAUCCCGAGGAUGAGUCCACUUGGGAGCCUUUCGAGAAUCUCAAGCACUGCAAGGAGAGGCUGAGCCAGUUCCUCCGCUCGCGGUCGUGAUGGAAUAGCUGGCUAUGUGUCUGCUGCGUGGGUACUCAACUCACCAACGUCCCCCAAUCUUCGAAGCUAGAGGUUCGAGAGAUAAAAUGGGGCUUCUUCGACGUUUUUGCGAUCUCU